AUGAGUAAAGAAGAAACUAGAAAAAACCAUACUUGUUUAAGCUGCUAGCGUACCAUCGACUCUAGAGAUUUAGCAUCUAUGCAGUGCGGACAUCCUUACCAUUACCAGUGCUUGCAAAUCUCUUUGAAACAACAAAUAAAAAAUGCUUAGUAUCCUAUCUGCUGUCCUAUCCCAAACUGCUCAAUAGAGCCUAGUAUGUACUUCAUGAGUGUGGUUUUGGAAGAACCCGACUUUAAAUCGUACUUAAUUUUAGAAAAGAACAACAUCUAGUCAUUUCAUAAUUAUGAAUGUCCAGUUUGUGAUUAAUCUUUUAUGGCUUAUCCUUCAAACUAAUACCACAAAUGCCUCAAAUGUUAUAAGAUAAUUUGCCUCUAAUGUAAAAAUCUGUCUCACCCAGGAAAAAAAUGUUAAAAGCAAUAUUUAACUGACAAAGAAGUUGUUGACCAAUUGCCUUAAUUAAAGACACCCACAAACUUAAAAAACUAAAUUUCGCAAAAUGCCUCUAUUCAUCUCAGAUCUCACUCUGUUAGUAAAAGAAAUGAAAGUGAGCAAGGAAAGACAAAAUAAGAUUCAAGCGACCUUAAAGAUUCUACUUUAUUCUCAAGCUCUUCUAGCACAAACAGGCCUAAUUCAUUAAAUAAAUAUUCAACUGCUUCUACGGCUUCAAAUUCAGGAAUACCUAGCUUAACAAAUAUAAACUAGUACAGUAUGAAAAAAGGUAGUCUAAUUAAUGAAAAUAUGAAUUAUAGCAGCGCUACUUAGACUCUAAGAUCUAGGAAUAUUUUUUAGCCUCUAAAUCAAUAAAUAAAACCAUUAUCUAAUGAUAUUGAAGUAUUAGUUCGCGACAGCUAAUAUUCAAGAGCAAAUUUAUGCAAAUCAAAUAAUACCUUAAAUAUUUAAAUUAAUAACAAUGAAAACAAACAUUUUGAUGCUCUUAACUAAUUAAAAAAGUAAACAAAAGUCCUUCUAUAAAAAAAUAGCUGCUGA